AUGAGCGCACAAGGCAAGCGUAAGAAAGUCACAUUCAAUAAUCUUUCUUCCUUUCCCCCAUUGCUGCUAUGCCCUGUGGUUCCUGCCUCCUCCUGCUCCAAGCCCUCCAGCAAGGCUGUCAAGCCCUCUAGCAAGGCUGACAAACCAUUGAACAAGGCCACCAAACCAUCGAGCAAUGUUGUCAAGUCAUUGACCAAGGACAUCAAGCCAUCGAGCAAGACGGCGCAGGUGAAAUCAGCUCAAAGCAAGGGACCAGUCCAUGCAGUGCCAAAACCACAAGCCCAGCAGGGAGCAGCAGUACCUCUUCGACGAGUAUUGGCACCUAAGGAUACCAACAAAUCACUCGGACGACGGUUUCCAACACCUCAGACAUCUGACGCUAUCGAACCUGAAGACCUGGAGGAUCAUGCACAAGAAGUAUCUGAGAAUGAAGGUCAAGACUUCAAGGAGGGUGACGAGAGUGCGAAUGAGCUAGGAUUCGGGAGUGAGGAUGAUGUUGGAGAUGAGAGCAAGAGUGAGAAUGAAGGAGAGGGUGGUAAUGAUGAUGAGGAUGGCAACGAAGUUGGACAGAAGCGUCGCAAGAAGAACCAAGUGGGCCCUAGGAAGAAGAGGUAUUGCCGUGGAUACUCCAAGAGACAGAAUUGGGUCCUCAAUAUGUGUCACACAAUUGGCAAGCUUAUUCCUCACACCAUAUCACUAUUCACUCCAGUAGACGAUAUUAUGUGGGCAGGUGCCAAGCACUCCAAUAAGGCUAUCGCGUGUUUUCGUCUUGGCAUAAAGGAAUCUCAGGGCACCGACACCAACAAGGUUCGGUACAACAUUCUGAUGCUCUGCCUUGAAGACCUGGUCAACAACAUUCUCGCACUUCUGAAACUAGUGCAUAAGACAGGACAAGGCUUUAACCAUAUAGAUACAGGGCACCUUCUCUGUCCCCAAAUCCAUCUCAAGAAAUUUAACAAAAGUGACCAUUUUCUUUAUGACCUAGCAAAUGGAAAGGUCAAAGUUACCGCCUCCGAAUGGCUCUCUUUUCUGUAUGACCUGGAGGACAAGGAAAAGGGGCUGAUGAGAGGAUUCCUCCUUUUGCAUCAACGGCUGACCCAACAAAGCGAGAUGGCCCCAAGCGAGACAGUAUUUCCAAGAUCAAUGGCCUAUCCACAGUCACGGGUAGGCAAAUUGCCUAUGUGGCCUGUCAAGAUGGAUGGACUGAACAAGAUGGUGCAUUCGACCUUUCUGUUUUCUACAAUAGUAUCGUCGAUUUGUUUGAGAGUCACCCUGAUGACUGAGUGGGCGCUCGAGACUCUCACUUGGUGGAAUGAUUUAUGUUAUCUAGGCAAGUGUUUGGGGACCCUAACAAACGUACGGACAUGGACAAAUCAGAGGACAUCCACCCUCCCAAGAGCACAGUUGCAAGGAUGGCUACUUGUCGAGAGGCUCAUGCUAAAGCCCGGGUCAAUGCUGCCUGCUGCCGCUGCCAUUGAAGAUGCUACCCUUGAAUACGAUAAUGAUAAUGCCAUGGAAACCAACUAG